UGGCUCCUCAGCACGAAUCUAACCAAGCUCUAAAGAACAAGAGGGAAAAAAGAAACGAAUUGAAAAAUAAAAAUAAAAAGAAGGAACGCACGAGAGGAGAGAAGAAGGGAAAAAAAGGAAGAAGAAAAAUAAUUUAAAAAAAUGGCCAACACUCAAGACACGGCCCCGUGCCGCCUGGCCCAGGCGACCGCCCUGCUCCUGGGCACGCUGAGCGCGGGCGCCAACCUGACCCUGUCGGCCUUCCUGGUGCCGCGCCUGCUCGAGUCCCCGACGCCGCUGAUGCUGCGGCAGUGGGUGCGCACCUACCGCCGGGGCGCCGCCACCGUGCCCUUCGCCGCGGGCCUCGCCGCCGCCGCCUACACGUACCUCUACUACUACCUCGGCACCCGCGGCGGCGGCGCUGCUAGUGCCUCGGCGCUCCUCCGCGCCCGCGCCUACCUCGCCGCCGGCGCGCUCACCAUCGGCAUCGUCCCCUACACCCUCGCCGUCAUGGCCGGGACGAACUCGGAGCUCAAGAGGAUGGAGCGAGCGGUGGGCGAGGUUGCUGGCGCCGACGCCGCCGAGGUUCCUGCCGGCGAGGAGGAGGAGGUGGUGGUUGUCGAGGAGGAGAGCGCGAAGAGGCUGGUGGACUGGUGGGGGGUGCUGAACCUGGGACGGGGGGUUCUGCUGCUCGCGGGCUCGAUUUGCGGGUUGGCUGCGACGCUUUGAGGAGGAAGGGGAGAAAGCGGGGGAGAA